AUGCCAGCUCUUGGCCAGCUGCCGGCUCUUGGCCAGCUGCCAGCUCUUGGCCAGCUGCCAAUCCUACUCUACUGUGUCGAAAUUACAAUACGCGAAUCACGGCCGGUCCAGCGGAAUGCCCUGGGCCUGACGGCCUCGCUCUCGGCGGCGCGCAUCGCCGCCGAGAUCGACCUUCUCCAGACCACCUGCCAGACCAUCGCCACGAGCACAGGGCCGAGGGCCCUCUGCGGGCACAAGGCCAGCAGCAGAGCAGUCAGCUGCAGGGUAUGGCUGGUCGUCAACAAGAUCAGCGGCAGCAACAGCAGCAGUCGGCCUCACCCCACCCCCAGCAGCAGCAGCACCGGUGCCCGUGCAGAUCUCCCGUGCCAAGGCCUGGAACAGUGUGCCGGCCCUCGCCACCCGAGUCCUAAUCCAAAAGGCCAUAACGAGCUUCUACGACGGAACCAACACCACGGAUCAAUGGGACGCGACGGAACCAACACCACGGAUCAAUGGGACGCCGCCAACGACGACAUCCAGACGGCGCUGAACCAACCCGGCUCUCCGCCAGGCGAGAGCGGCAUCUUGCCCGUCGUCGCACUGGCAGUCGAGAGCACCAGCAUUGUUCCGGCGCGCAUCUACUCGCGCAACUCUAGCGGCACUGCCGAGGGCCUGAUCAGCGUCACCUCCACCGAGGGCCUGAUCAGCGUCACCUCCAAGAUGUUCCACAACAUCUCGCUCCCUUUCAAGAACGCUAAUGGCACAAACGCCAUCCUGAGCGACGUCCCCGGGGCCGCUUCGAGACUGGAGAGAUGUUCGCCUGCUGAGAUACGAGGUCGAGCUGGCAACUCGACCUUUACGAUUGUUGGAUAG